GCAGGAGCACCUUUCAGUUGAGAUCUUUGAAGUCAUGAGUCGGGUUCAGUCAUAUACACAGGUCCUCCUCCUGGUCUUCGUGACCUUGGGUGCAGGCCAGGCCAGCCGGGUGCCGGCGGAUGUGGGCUCCCAGCCCCACAGCGUUUCUCUGCGGCAGUAUGGCGUCCAUGUCUGCGGAGGAGCUCUGUUCCGCGAUAACUGGGUCAUCACCGCAGCUCACUGCGUCAGUUUGGAUGGUGAACAGCAAAGCUACCCCGCCCAGUAUUUCGAUGUUCGAGUUGGAAGCAUUCAGCGUAUAACUGGUGGCCAACUGGUGCCCCUGUCCCAGAUCAUAAUCCACAAGAACUACUCCAGUUCGGAUGCGGCUGGAACCAAUGACCUGGCCCUGUUGAAGCUGCAGAGCAAGGUGACCCUGAAUGCGAAUACCAAGCCCAUUGAUUUGGCCACAGAGCUUCCGGCGGCGGGAUCCCAGAUCAGCUUCUCGGGCUGGGGAUCCAGCAAGGCCGAGGGAUCCUUUAGCCAUGGCCUCCAGGUGGCCAGCAGGCAGAUCCUGAGUACGAGUGACUGUUACAAGGAGCUGUACCUGCAGCAGGAGGAUCUGCUCUGCCUGUCCCCGGUGGCCGAGGAUUUCGCUGGGCUCUGUUCCGGCGAUGCUGGUGCCCCGGCGAUCUAUAAUGACCAACUGGUGGGCAUUGCCGCCUUCUUUGUCGGCGGCUGUGGUUCCGGACUGCCCGAUGGCUACGUGGAUGUCACCCAGCAUCAGGAGUGGAUCAAUGAGAAUGCUGUUUAAAUAAAGACGAGGUGUUGAUGGGGACUGCUGAGUUGUUUCCAUAAAGGCGGGAUUGUUAUUUGUGUUAUAAGCAAAGAAAUCCGUCUAAUAAUGGAGUAUUACGACGUUUAAUUUCAUACAAGUCUAUAUAUUCAUGCCUCUUUAGAAGGCAUUACCAAAUCUAAGAUUAAACCUCUCCAAAAAAUACAAUUGAGAGUGAUUUUUAAAGACUUUUGUAGUUAAAGUGGUUAGAAUGAAGUAGGGUUUUCCGGUUUUGACUUACACUCAACAAUGGUUCCUAUUGCAACACUUUACUUUGGGUACUUGUUAGACACAGAUACGUUUGCUUUUCUUUAAUACCUAUGUUUCCGAAAAAGGUUUCAUAAUUCACAGAAGCCCGUUUGGGAGGGUUAUUCAGCACUUCAGUAUAUGGUCAAAUUGCCAAUCGCUAUAUUGAUUAAAUUGUUAAUUUACGACUUAAUCGUAUACGUCCAUUGCUUGUUUACUCCUAUAAGUAUGCAAGGAUAUCUGAUUUCAAAGUAUUAAGAUAUUAGUAGGAUCUUAUUGCAUCUGCUGGUUUUGUACUUAUAUUGGCUUAAAUAUAAAAUAUAACAGUCUUAUUGGCUUAGAAAUUUAAUAAACAAAAUCAUUUCUGAUAUUAUUUAAUUCCAACACAUUAGUUCAAGAUC